AUGGCAAAUGCUGAAUUUUCGGAUACUUUUAUUGGUGCUAAUGCAAUUUUCCAGCCCUAUCAUAUUUCAGACCACACACCGGCAGUUCUAAGGAUUCCCAUGAUAACAACGUCGAAGCGUAAACCGUUUAAGUUCACAAAUCUGUUAGUUUAUCACGAGAAUUUUGGGUCGAUUGUGGAAGCAUGUUGGGGAGUUUACAUAAAAGGGGUACCUAUGUACAGAUUAGUUAAAAGACUUAAAAGCUUAAAGAAACCUUUUCGUAAGCUAUUGUUUGAGAAAGGAGGCUAUCUAGAUGAGGAAAGUUUCUUAAAACAAAAGGCAAAAAUCAAUUGGUUAAAUGUCGGGGAUUCUAAUUCAGCAUAUUUCCAUAAAGUUGUAAAAAGUCGUGCAACUAGAGGGCGGAUUGAUUCUAUCUUGGAUGCUAAUGGGACUCGUGUUGAUGGAAAUGAUGUGCCCCAAGUGUUUCUCGAUCAUUUCUCAAACUUUUUGGGUAAACCGGGUUCCGUUCAGCCACUUGAUCUUGAUGGUUUGUUUUCUAACAGGUUAACUGUUGAGCAAGGUCAUGAUAUGAUUCGUGAAGUGUCAGAUGAGGAGAUAAAGAUCUCGAUCUUUUCAAUGGGGGAUGAUAAAGCUCCUGGACCUGACGGUUUCACGGUGGUGUAUUUCAAGAAAGCAUGGAAUAUCAUAGGCGAUGAUGUGAUCAAAGCUGUGAAAAAUUUCUUCUCGGCGGGUACUCUACUAAAAGAGGUUAAUCACACUAUUAUUUCGCUACUGCCUAAGGUUAGUACGCCUGCUCGUGUAAAUGAUCUUCGGCCAAUUUCACUCUGUAAUGUGGUGUUUAAAUGCAUCACAAAGAUUAUUGCAAAUUGUAUAAAGGAUAAGCUGACAGAUUUGGUUUCCAUCAACCAAUCUGCUUUUGUUCCUGGUAGGCGGCUUACAGAUAACAUUCUUUUAACUCAAAAAUUGAUGCAUAACUACCAUCUUGACAGGGGCCUCCCCGUGUUGCUUUUAAAGUUGACAUUCAAAAGGCGUAUGACACGGGUGGUGUGGGAAUCGCUUGAAGAAUUUAAGUCUGUUUCUGGGCUUGCUCCAAGUCUUCCGAAAAGUACAGCCUAUUUCUGUAAUGUGUUGAACCAUGUGAAGCUGUCGAUUUUGAAUAUUCUACCUUUUGAGGAAGGUAGGCUACCGGUAAAGUAUCUUGGUGUUCUUUUAGUUUCUUCAAGACUUGUUUAUAGAGAUUGCAAGGAAUUACUUGAAAGAGUUCAUAAUCGUAUAAGCAACUGGAAAACUAAGUUUCUAUCUUUUACGGGGCGCCUUCAGCUAGUUCAAUCGGUUUUAUCCUCUAUGCAUAUUUAUUGGUCUUCGGUAUUCAUUUUGCCUACUCGAGUAACUAGUGAGAUUGAACAGAUGAUGCGUGGGUUCUUAUGGAGUCAAUGUACACUUGGAAAAGGUAAAGCGAAAGUUUCUUGGGAUGUGGUAUGUCUUCCUAAGCAAGAGGGUGGUCUAGGAAUUCGACGGUUAGAAACCAGUAAUGUUGUGUUAAUGGCGACUCAUAUUUGGAAUCUUUUAACGGUAAAGGAGUCAUUAUGGGUCAAGUGGGUGCAUACCUAUCGACUAAGAGGCAGGAGCUUUUGGGAUAUUCCGUUAAGGGGUAAUAUGCCUUGGAGCUGGAAAAAGUUACUAGCAAUUCGCCCACUUGUUCGAAAUCAUUUUUGGCAUUCUUUGGGUAAUGGACAGAAUACGUUUGCAUGGCAUGAUACAUGGGCAACUUGCUGUCCGAUUAUUGACAUUGUUACUCAUCGUAUGAUUAAAGAGGCUGGUUUUGAGUCACAUUCUAAAGUUGUUGAGAUUAUCGAAAAUGGGACAUGGAGGCUACCGUCGUUUUGGGAUAACCGUAUUUUAAAUACUAACGUGCCUUUAUUGCAGGAACAUAUGAUGGACUCGAUUAAAUGGCGUACAGAUGCAGGAGUUUUACAUGAUUUUUCGGUGUCUUUAGCUUGGGAGGACCUGCGUGUACGAGCACCUUUGGUGGAUUGGUAUCAUAUUGUAUGGUACAAACAAUGUAUUCCUAAAUACUCCUUUCUUUUGUGGCUAGUUAUGAAACGCAAGCUUAAAACUCAAGACUUGCUUAAUCAAUGGGAUGUUCAACAUGCCUCUUUAGCUGUUACAUGUCCAUUGUGCUCAACACAACCAGAUUCUCAUACUCAUUUGUUUUUCGACUGCCUUUUUUCUUCAAGAGUAUGGGAUGAAGUUAACAAAAUUGCUUGUUUAUCGUUAUAUGGGGGAAGCUGGGCUGAUGUACUACACGAUUUGAAGAAGAUUGCAAGGAAAAAUUCUGUUCAUAGUGUGGUUUCAAAGCUGAUUCUCGCAGGGGCUGUCUACAACAUUUGGUAA